AUAAAAUAUAAUGGUAAUAACAAUUGGGUAUUGAGUAAUAUAUUAGGAUCAUGUUUUUCAAUAUUUGGCAUUCAAAAUGCUAAAAUCAAUUCAUUUAAAACUGGGUUCAUAAUGUUAACUGGAUUGUUCUUUUAUGAUAUUUAUUUCGUAUUUGGAACUGAUAUUAUGGUCACAGUUGCGACAAAUAUGGAAAUUCCUGUUAAAAUUUUGAUUCCAAGAGCCCCAGAAAUUAAAGAUUAUGACUUUACCGGUUUAAUACCUAUAAUUAAAAUGUCAAUGUUAGGCUUAGGCGAUAUAGUUAUCCCUGGUAUUUUCAUCUCAUUGUGUUUAAGAUUUGAUUUAUUUAAAUAUCAUGAAAGCCAAAAAGAAAAAACUGAAUUUCACCAUUUAAAUGCUUACACAAAGUCUUACUUUCAUAAUGCGAUUAUUUCGUAUGUCUUUGGGUUAUCUUUAACGAUGUUAUUCCUAAAUGUCUUCCAUGCUGCCCAGCCUGCUUUGCUAUACUUGUGUCCAUCUAUUAUUAUAUUCACAGUUGUCAAAGCCUGGCUAUCAAACGAUUUAAGGUUGCUCUGGAACUACACUGAAGGCGACGAAGAGAAGGACGAAGAUGAAGACGAAGACAAAAACGAAGAC